UCCAGUCCUCCCGGCCUUAAGUGAGCGGCAGAUAAAGCUCGAUCGGGUCGGUUUUGGUGCCAUUGACCUCCUUCCCCUUCGCUUCUCCGCUGAUACUGUUCCUCUUCCCUCCCAUGUCCUCGGCGGCCGCGGCCAUGGCGGCUGCUGCUGCUGCCUCCUCCUCCUCCUCCUCCUCUCUCUAUAGCCUUCCCUCCCUGCGCGCUGCACGGCUAUGCUCUGCCAGCUCUAGAUAGAUAGACAGCUGUGGCCAUCUGCUGCUGCCGCUGCACAGCACAGAGGAGUGGGGAGAGAGAGAGAGAGCAAGAAGCCACGAGAGAGAGAGAGAGAGAGAGAGAGAGAGAGAGAGAGAGAGAGAGAGAGAGAGAGAGAGAGAGAGAGAGAGAGAGAGAGGAAUGAUAGAAAGAAUCUGCAAUUGGUUUCCGAUCAUUGACCACCCAGUUUCAGUUUCCCCCAUCGUUUUGUCCCCUGCGCCUCCUUGAUUCCUGUGUUGCUUGCUGUUCCUCGUUAUUCCCUGAGCUGCCUGGGAGCCUGCUCGUGCCGAGUGCCGACGAGACCUCGUCUCAUCAGCAGUUUGAGCAUCUCUACAUACCCCCUUGUCCGACGGCUUGGUCCAUCCCCCAUCCUCCUCCUCCGUUCUCAAUGAGUUAAAUCCCUCUCAGACAGCAGAUAGCACAUUCCUCAUCACGAUUUAUUGCCACUCGCUCCUUCAGUUUCAGCAGCAUAGUUUCAACAAGAUAGUGUUAUAUACACAUACACGGAUACACCCAAUUAUACAAGUACGAGGGCAAGAUCAGGCAAAGGUUCAGCUCACUUAUGUUCCAGCAGGAGCUCCUGCAGGAUCGAGCAGAAGCCACGGAUCAGGACAGCAGCAUGUCCAACCUCACCUCCUCCGCCUCCGGCGGCGGGCCCACCGCGCCUCCUCCUCCGCCGGCCUCCGGCAACAAGCGCAAGCGGAGCCUCCCAGGAAACCCCGACCCCGACGCGGAGGUGGUGGCGCUGUCGCCGGCGACGCUGAUGGCAACGAACCGGUUCGUGUGCGAGAUCUGCGGCAAGGGGUUCCAGCGCGACCAGAACCUGCAGCUCCACCGGCGCGGCCACAACCUGCCGUGGAAGCUCAAGCAGCGUGGCGCCGGCAAGGAUGCGCCGCGGAAGAAGGUGUACGUGUGCCCGGAGGCGUCGUGCGUGCACCACGACCCCGGCCGCGCGCUGGGCGACCUCACCGGCAUCAAGAAGCACUUCUUCCGCAAGCACGGCGAGAAGAAGUGGAAGUGCGACAAGUGCUCCAAGAAGUACGCCGUGCACUCCGACUGGAAGGCGCACUCCAAGAUCUGCGGCACCAGGGAGUACAAGUGCGACUGCGGCACCGUCUUCUCCAGGCGGGACAGCUUCAUCACGCACCGCGCCUUCUGCGACGCGCUCACCGAGGAGAGCGCCAAAGCCAUCGGCCUCAACGCCAUGGCUCCCGCGACGGCGCACCACCACCCGCUGCUCUUCUCGCCGCCGGCGCCGCAGGUGAUGCAGCACCAGGUCCAGGACCUCGCCGCGCCGCAGGAGCAACACCACCAGGAGGUCAUGCAGCCGCCGCAAGCGCAGCAGCAGCACUGCAAUAACUACGCCAUGAAGACGGAGAUGCCGCCGUGGCCGGCGAUGCCCUACGACCACCCGCUGCUGCAGCCGCUCUGCAACGCCGCCGCCACGCAGAGCCAGAGCUCGGCCACGUCCGCGCUGCCGCCGCACCUGCCCGCCGCGUCGGCGCACCUGUCGGCCACGGCGCUGCUGCUGAAGGCGGCGCAGAUGGGCGCCACCAUCGGCGGCGCCGGCGCCGCGGGAGCGGGCGCGCACUACACACAGAUGGCGGGCCCCGCAACGAGCGCGCCGGGCAGCGCCGCCUUCGGGCUCGUCCUCCCUGGCCUGAACGCGCAGCAGCCGGCGGGCGGCGUCAUGGGCGGCCUCGCGAGAACCGCCUCCCACGGCCGCAGCAGCGAGGGUGGUGGCGGCGAUGGCGGCGGGGGAGGUGGAGUCGACGCCAUGACGAGGGACUUCCUGGGCCUUCGCGCCCUCUCACACCGCGACAUCCUCGGCCUCGCCGGCUUCGACUCCUCGUGCAUGGGCGCCGUCGCCGCCAACGCCAACAUGAACUGCUACGAACCGCAGCAGCAUACACAGGCGCAUGCGCAGCAGCAUCAACAGCAAAGCAGCAACGAGCCAUCGCACGGCAUGGGAAGCCAUAGGCCAUAGCUAAGCUCUCGCUAGCUAGCUACCCUUCCGGCCAGCUACUUUCUUCUUCCUCGCACCAGUCCUCAUCAUCCGUCACCACACCCUCUCAUCUGAUCGCAGCUGCUGCAGUGCAGAACCAAAGCUAGCUAGGGCGGCCGGUGCACCAUGCCUUUUGAGUCGGGUAAGCUCAUCUUUUGCUUCUGUUCACCAUAUCAUCUCAUGGUCUCAUGGCCUUGCAACUUGAUCAUGCAAGCCAUCAACCUUCCAAACUCUGGAUGGAUGAUGACGGUAUAGCAGCACGCAGGGAGUCUGUAGUUUAUUUGGGUUUUUUUAGGUGGUUGGAGAAGAGAUCGAAUCAAGGGGAAACCAAUAUAUAGCUAUGUGACAGUAAUAAUGCAUGCAUGGAUCCAUCAUCAUCACUUUUGCUAAUUUUCCAUUGCAUCCGUACUACAUUUUUACAUGCCUAGAACGAACAUAGUAAACUUUUUUUAGAUGGUUUUCUUUUUAAAAUCCAAUGUUUAUUUGGUGACAUGACUUGGGAGAGUACAGUAGAUUGUGUGAAUGAACUGAGUCCUUGUGUAUGGACUGUAGACCACCAGACUACUUGUAGGUGCAUUCUAUUGUCUACAAGACAAAUGUGGCCUACUUGGCCGCGAUUUAUUUUAUUGAUACUACAUA